GCCGCCCCUGCUCUGCCUCCUGCUCGCGGCGCUCUGCCUGCCCCCAGCUCUGGGAUUGUACACAGUAAAUGCAAUAUAUGGAGACACUAUUACUAUGCCUUGUCCUCUAGAAGUACCAGAUGGUCUUAUGUUUGGAAAAUGGAAAUAUGAAAUGCCAAAUGGAUCUCCAGUAUUUAUUGCCUUCAGAUCAUCAACAAAAAAACAUGUACAGUAUGAUGAUGUACCAGACUACAAAGACAGGUUGAGUCUCUCAGAAAACUACACAUUAUCCAUCAAGAAUGCAAGAAUCAGUGAUGAAAAGAGAUUUGUAUGUAUGCUAGUUACAGAAGAUGAUGUUUCCGAAGAGCCGACGAUAGUCAAAGUUUUCAAACAACCCUCUCAACCAGAAAUCUUACAUCAAGCAAACCUCUUAGAAACAGAGAAGCUACAAAUGCUUGGGGAGUGCGUUUCAAGAGACAGUUAUCCUGAGGGCAAUGUCACGUGGUACAAAAACGGGAGAGUUUUGCAGCCCGUGGAUGAUGUUGUGGUCAUAAAUUUGCAAAAGAUUGUGGACAGAACAACUGGACUCUUCACCAUGACAUCGUCUCUUCAGUACAUGCCAACAAAGGAAGAUCUAAAUGCCAAGUUCUCUUGCAUUGUGACUUAUUAUGGACCAUCUGGCCAGAAAACAAUGCAGUCUGAACCAGUUGUCUUCGAUGUUCACUACCCAACAGAGAAGGUGACUAUUCAAGUGCUGCCUCAAAGUAGUACCAUUAAAGAGGGUGAUAACAUCACUCUGAAGUGCUCAGGAAAUGGCAACCCUCCUCCACAGGAGUUCCUGUUUUACAUUCCAGGAGAAACAGAAGGAAUAAGAAGCUCAGAUACUUACGUAAUGACAGAUGUGAGACGAAAUGCAACAGGAGAAUACAAGUGCUCUCUGACAGACAAAAGCAUGAUGGACUCGACCACCAUCACUGUGCACUAUUUGGAUUUGCAGCUUACUCCUAGCGGAGAAGUCACAAAACAGAUUGGAGAGGCCCUGCCUGUGUCAUGCACGAUUUCUUCUAGUAGAAAUGCAACUGUAUUUUGGAUAAAGGACAACACCAGAAUGCAAACAAGUCCAUCAUUUUCAAGUCUUCAGUAUCAAGAUGCUGGAAACUAUGUCUGUGAAACUACUCUACAGGAGGUCGAAGGAUUGAGGAAAAGACAGACACUUAAACUUAUUGUGGAAGGAAAACCUCAAAUCAAAAUGACCAAGAAAACCAACACAAAUAAAAUGUCUAAAACAAUUAUCUGCCAUGUGGAAGGUUUCCCCAAACCAGCAGUGCAGUGGACAGUUACGGGCAGCGGAAGCAUCCUAAAUAAAACAGAGGAGACAAAAUAUGUUAAUGGGAAAUUUUCCAGUAAAAUUGUAAUUGCUCCUGAGGAAAAUGUAACUUUAACUUGCAUUGCAGAAAAUGAGCUAGAAAGGACUGUGACCUCCAUGAACGUCUCUGCUAUAAGUAUUCCAGAGUAUGAUGAGACAGAGGAUAGAGGUGAUGACAAUAGUGAAAAGGUUAAUGACCAGGCAAAGCUAAUAGUGGGAAUUGUGGUUGGCCUUCUGCUGGUUGCUCUGAUUGCAGGUGUUGUCUACUGGCUCUAUGUGAAGAAAUCAAAGACAGCAUCAAAACAUGUAGACAAAGAUCUUGGAAAUAUAGAAGAAAACAAAAAACUAGAGGAAAACAAUCAUAAAUCUGAAACUUAAGAGAAAAUGUGUCAGUCAUCAUUCCAGAGAAUACAUAUAGACCAAUUGAAGCAUGAACGUGGAUUGUAUUUAAACAUAUACAAAGAAGUGACAGCUAUUCAUGGUUCAAGUAUUAAGCAGAUCAUUCUACCAGGUUUUCAAAGGAUUUUAGACACAAUUAUCUCAAGCUAAAAAAAAACCCCACAAACUAAUUUUGGCAACAGCCAUGAUAAUAGGUCACCAUGUUGUGUUCUGUUUGAAAUAUUUUUUUGUAAAUGUCUGCACUGAAGAUUUCUUUUUGUUUGCCUUUAUGUAAAUUUUUUACGUAGCUAUUUUUAUACACUGUAAGGCUUUGUUCUGGGAGUUGCUGUUAAUCUGAUGUAUAGUGUAAUGGUUUUAUUUCAAUUGUUUUUAUGACACCCUUUGAGCAGGUACAUGUCUGAUUCUGGUUGUUUUCAGUGAAGCCUCUGCUUUGUAGCAAGUACCUAGAGUGUAAGAUUGUCUUAAAGGAAAACGUCAAACUCCUUUUUCAUUCUUUGAAAUCGUGGUAAAGCAAAAGGGUGACAGCUAUGACAAGAAUGAACUAAAUUGUUAAUGACAGUGAACAUUUAAAAAACCAUGCAAAGCUAAACAAGCUAGAAAGGGAAUAAAGAGUUUCCCUGAAGAAGUCUGGGUAUUGAGUAAGGAACACUAUGAAAAAUUCCUAGCUUACAUACAGCUGGUGGCUAAAAAAUCCUUUUCUUCUAGAGCAAGACACACAUUUUAUUGAUGGUUAUCAGUCGUCUUUCAUGUUAGCAUUAGGAUAAGGAACUGGAAUUGUGGAUUAAUUUUGAUUCCUUUAUGUUAUUCGCUGCCUUAAAGUACUGUACCUUUCCUUCUUUUCAGAGAGAUACCAGUCAGAAUUGGAAACUUUUUUUAAAAAGUGGUCAUAUCAAAGCUGCAUUUUUUCCCACAAAAAUAGAAUAUAUAUAUAUAUAUAUAUAUUUUUUGUGUGUUUUUGUUAACUAUGCUACAGAUAUUGAAUGCACCUUGAGAUAAUUUUAGUGUUUUUAACUGGUACCUAAUUUAUCAAACAGUACAUAUAAUUGUAACAAUGAAAUGUCUAUGUAUCUUUAGUUACAUUCAAGUUUGUAACUUUAUAAACAUGUUUUUUGCUUGAGGGAAUUUUUUUUGAAUGGUACUUGAUAAGAAAAGGUUUUAGGGUGAAUGGCCAAUAGAAAGUUGUAUUUAAGGGAGAUAAGUAUCAUCUUAUCUGGAAAGUUAGUUUCUGGAAGAAGGUAACAGGCAGCUUUGAUGGAGAGGAACAGUAGAAGCAGAACAUCAGGUUUCCAUUUACAAAUAUCCAGGGAAAAAGUAAGUUUUUAUAGACUGGUAAGCAAAAAUAAAUAAAUAAAUAAAUAAAUAAAAGAAAAAGAUGGACGUUAGGAAAUGUAUUUUGCCACUUUUGCAUUAUUUAGGGGGCAGAAAACACUGUUACUUGUAAAUUUGUAAAAUGUUAAAUGUCUGGGCAGUAGUGACUGAUGUCUUAAUAAAAGCUUCCUGUAGUGCAUUGGCAUGGAUUAAAUACAUAAAAUGUCCUAUAAACUCUAUGCUGUAUAAAAUACUAGAGGGAAAUCCUGUUAUAUGCCUCUAAACUUUAAUUUGUUACUGUUUUAUUUGGCAAAAA